CCCCCGCACAAACUUCCAGUUCUGCCUCAAUGCGAUACUACAGCCUCCAGAAACGAGAAUCUCUGAAAGUUUUAAUUCCACCAUCUAAAAUCCCUUGAAAUUAUUAUCAAGUCCGACUCUCUCAAUUUGCAAAGUACCAUUUAGAUCGGUAAAGUAGCUAGCAAGUUAAAAGAGGGAAACUUCCCCUGCUUUCUUUCACAGACCUGAUCUUUCCUCCUCGUCUUCAAAAUUUCAGCUUACAAAACUUUUUAGUAGUUUCGACUCUGCCGCCCCUUCAAAUUUUGACCCAUUUUGACUUCCCCAAUUUGCGAAGUACCAUUGAAAUUGUUAAAAGAACUAGGUGGCGAGUGUGAACUAGGAUGCAAUCUCAAAUGUUUUUCAAUGGUGAGUCGACCACUCGGAAGCGAGUGAAUUUGAGAGGAAGGAGCCCCAAGGAGAUGCAUAGAGAUACACUUAUGGAGCAACUGCGAUUGAAGCGCAAUCACCGUCUCCAGUUGCAACGGGACUCGAAAGCUGCUCUCAAAAUUCAGCUACAGAAAUGCAUAAGAGCAAGACGGGAAGUGAGAGUUGCACAUUCUUUAGUACGUGCGCAGUUCUAUGGAACCUAUGGGAAACACUGCCAAAAUGUGGACAGAAAUAAUUUGAGGGAUCAACUUUUAACGACUUCCGAGGCGUCUGGCUUACCUACAACUAUCUUGCUUCAGACAGUUCUAUUGUUGAUAGAUCCUGAACGUCCAGGGACUUCUAAAGUGAUUGAUUAUCUUAUUCAGAGAAAUCUACUGACUGUACUUAGAGAAAUUAUUCUUGCAGUUAAGGCAAGUAGGAAGGGUCAUAGUUCACAUGGGAAGAAAUCUUUAGUGGAGGAUGUGCUUUCCCGCAUAGCAUUCCGCAUUCCCCAAAAGCUAGUUACUCCUGGGGAUAUUGGUACAAAAUGGAGUCGUUGUUUCUCAUCACAGAUUCUUACAGUGCCUUUCUUAUGGCAGCUUUUCCCAUACUUGAAAGAGGAUUUUGCGUCUCCUAGACUGAGUCAGCAUUACAUUGAUCAGAUGGCAAGUGAUGUGGGGACUGAGUUUCCUGGUUCUGUCUAUCUUCUUGGUAAUAUUUUAGAGAUAGCAGCUCUUGCUUUAGCACAUCGUGAUUGCUCGGUUGAAAUGGUUGUACAACUUGCAGCUACUGCUGCAACGGUGUUGGAGGCUCUUCCUCCUAUAGAAUCCUGGAGUAAAGAAAAAGGAGAAAGCAGAGAAAGAUCCACAUUGGAUGAGGAUGAAAUGAAUCAUUAUGAUGAAGUAACAGUAGGAGUUCUGGGUAGCAAUUUGAAAAAGCAGAUAGACAAUGCCAUAGACUCCUGUUUUCUUCAGCAGUUGAAUAAGGUGUUAUCUAAAGGGCCUUCCGUCAUCCAUGCUUCAGAAGAUGAAGGACCAAAUAAUAUAAACUUGCCAGUUGUUGCUGCUGCUUGUGCUUUUCUUCAUGCCACUUUCAACACUUUACCCUCUGAGCAAAUUGUGAACAAACUAGCCUCUAGAACUGACCUUGUUCCAAAGCUUUGGAAUUUUGUGAAGUGGUGUUAUCAGGAUCCAAACUGGUUGACGUUCUUGCCAGCGCAAUUUUCAGAUUUGUUGCUAGUUGCACCUCUGUGGCUAUUCCCUCUGGCUGUUUUCUGCACUUUCUACAAGUACAAGCUUAUGAUGGUUGAUCAUAAAGAGUUCUAUGAACAGGGGAAGCCGCUAUCAUUGGACAAUGUCAAAUAUCUAAUUAAGAUUCUGAAAAAGGAGACAGAUGAUCACCUUCUCUAUCCAAAUCCCAGAUCCAGAAUAACUGAUGACCAACACCUCCAAAAUUUCCAUAUCCUAGGAACUUUUCUAGCAAAGGCCAUGUAUGAAGGGAUUCUUGUAGAUUUACCAUUCGCUAAUUUCUUCCUUAGCAAAUUGAAACAAAAGUACAACUAUUUGAUCGACUUGUCUUCCUUUGACCCAGAGUUAUAUCGCCAUUUGAUCUUUUUGAAGAAUUAUGAAGGGGACAUUUCUGAGUUGGAGUUCUACUUUAUAAUUGUGAAUAAUGAGUAUGGAGAGCAAAGAGAAGAGGAACUAGUUCCAGGAGGGAAAAAUUUACGUGUUACCAAAGAUAAUGUUAUUGAAUAUAUUUAUCUUGUAUGUAACUAUCGUCUGAAUUUUCAGAUUCGAAAACAGAGUUCUCAUUUCCUUGGGGGACUUCUGGAGCUUAUGCAGAAACAUUGGAUCAAUAUGUUUACUGAGCAUGAAUUGCAGCUUCUAAUAUCAGGUCCACCUCAAAGCUUGGAUGUUGAUGACCUUCGACUCCACACUAAUUAUACAAAUGGCUAUCAUAGUGAGCACCAUGUUAUCAAGAUGUUUUGGGAAGUCCUUAAAAGCUUUUCACCGGAAAAUCAGAAGAAAUUUUUGAAGUUUGUGACUGGUUUCUCUCGAGGCCCUCUGCGUGGAUUCCAAUAUCUCGAACCUAAAUUUGGCAUACAGAGGGCUGCUGGCAGUGCAACUGAAGAAGUUUUGGACCGAUUACCCACAUCAUCCACUUGUUUGAACCUUCUGAAGCUCCCACCCUAUAGAAGCAAAGCGCAACUGGAAACAAAACUGCUGUACGCCAUAAAUGCUAGAGCUGGUUUUGAUUUGGGCUGAUGGAACUGUUUGACACGCAGCAGCAGCAGCUAGCCACACUGUUUGUGGCUGAGUGCAAUUCAGACGUGCAGUGCCUCCUGAAAGUUGGUCUUUCAAAGGUGUUCUCUUUUCUCCUUGGCCAAGAAACAAACCUGUUCUUGUAUGACCAUAUAUGUUUGUAAUUAAUUAUAAAUUACACACUCCAUUGAGUGAGAAGGUUUUAUUGUUAAUGGAGAGCGGCGUCCGGUUGCAUACAACUGUUUAUGUUCGGUACAACUAUUUGAAUGACUUGCGUUCCUUGGACCCAGAGUUAUAAUACCACCUUAUCUCUUUGAAGGGCUGCUGGCAGUGCAACUGAAGAAGCUUUGGACUGCCUACCCACAUCAGCUGCUUGUAUGAACAUUCUGAAACUCCAACCAUAUAGAAGGUUCUUCAACUUCUACCUAUCUUACUAUAAAUGAACGCUGGCCAUCAAAUGAGUAAAUGAAUAGGGAAAGCCGGCGCUUAUUGAUUUGAGAUUCCUCUUGGGAUAGAAACUGAAUUUCUGGCUGUGUUAGAACUUUCUUUGUAGGAAGUCAUGCUUGGUAAAUUCAGUCAUCUCCAGGUGCCCUAUCAUUUAUGCCAAUGGACAUUUUCUUUAAAUCAGUCACCACUAAGCUCUACAUAGAACCUCACACAUGCAAGAUGCACUUAAUUAACAAGGGGUUAAGUG